UCAUCAAACCUUUCUAAAAGCAAACAUGGACUUCGUUAAAAUUAUUUUGUUCAUCUCUCUCAUCUAUGGCUUAUUUGCGGAACUAAAAGUACCGGCUGGAUCCUGCGUUUCCAAAAUCGUGAAUGGAAAACUUGUCCAGGUUGGAGAUUGCAAGAAAGACGAUGGCUCCGAAAUCGCCAGAUUGAUCAAGAGGAGUCGUGACGAAAAGAAAAAAGCUCAAGUUAAAUGUGACGUCACAUACAAGUCAAAGUGCUUCCGAGUAGUUGUGUAUACGGUACUGAACGUCACCGUCAACGAUGGCAAAGUCAUUUGUAAAUCAAUGAAAUACGGAAAACCCGCGAACAUAUACGAUCAGAAGCAUCUCAAGUUGUUGCUCACUUAUCUGCGCUCACUAAUUCCUGCUGGUAAGACAACGUUGAGCAUCUGGACUGGGAUGGAGUAUAAGAACAAUCAGCUUUUUCUGUCAAGUGGAGAACCAAUCACUAUAGCAACCGAAGAUUGGUUUCCUACCUAUCCGAAAUCCGAUGCAUUGAACACAAAUGUUGCUGUUCGUGUCGAUAACGAUCCAAAGAAUAAAUAUCAGAGAAUGUCCAAUACACCACCAUCCUGGACACGCAACGGUGUCAUCUGUGAGAUAUAAAACCUGACAGAACUACGUUGACGGACUGAAUGAUAUAACGACAAAGAGUUCUUACUUUUUAUUAUUGCUUAUAUUAUUCAUUUACUGUCAUUAACCGUAUAACCUAUGUUUUGAAGUGGUCGCCUUGUCUAUUAAAACUCUUGCUCAUUAAAUCAAUUUCA